AUGAAAUACUCUACAACCUUUUCCAUCGCUUUGUUGGCUUUUGCCAAGUUCAUCGUUGCCGACUCCGAACAAUUCGGCCUUAUCGCCAUCAGGUCCGGUUCAGCUCUACAAUACGCCUCCCCUUAUGUGGAGGAUGGUAAGUUGUACUUGGGCAGUGGCGACAACAGUGUCUCUGGUGUGGUUACCGACAGCGGGAAACUAAAGUUCUCCGACGACACUUACGCUGUGGUUACCAGCGACGGUUCUAUCAUCGAGGGUUCUGAGUCCGAUGCCUCCACUGGGUUCUCUGUUGGCGACGGCUACUUGAAAUACAACGGUAGCAGCGGUUUUGUUGGUGUCGCUUCCGACAACAAGUACAUUUUCUCCACUGAGGGCAACGCUUCCGGCGAUCUAGGCGUUGCUAUUAGAGCUACCGGCUCAAGCGGCUCAACUAUCCCAGAUUUCACUCCUUCUGGGUCCUCUUCCGCCAGCACUUCUGCUACUUCUUCUGAAGUCGCUUCUUCCACCUCUGAGGCUGUCUCCUCUACCUCUACCUCUGAGGCUGCCUCCUCGACUACCUCUAACUCUGAGGCCGCCUCCUCGACUGCCUCUACCUCUGAGGCUGCAUCCUCCACUUCUUCCGAAGCUGCCACUUCUGCUGCCUCCUCCGUCGCUCCAGUGUCUCAAAUUGACGAUGGUCAAAUUCAAGCCACUACCGCCACUUCUUCCGCUGCUCCUCCAGUGGCCACCACUUUGUCCGCGGUAUCUCAGAUCACUGACGGUCAAGUUCAAGCCACUGCCUCCAUUCAACAGCAAACCGAAAACGGUGCUCCAAGAGCCGUUGCCGGGGUUGGAGCUGGUAUUGCUGCCGCUGUAGCCCUACUUUUGUGA